GACGAGGACACCGAGUGGGCGUUGUACAAGGCGGCGAAGGACAACAAGAGCAAGCUGCCAGUCGGCGAUGCUUGCAAAAACUGCUGGUUGGCCGCCCAGGCCGUCAGCGGCGACGGCGACGUGGAGGGCGCCAUUGGCAUGUAUAAGGCUGGCGAAGACCACAUGGUUGCGAGCAUCACCGAGGCGGCGGCCGUGUUGAAGAGCGGGCACGCCACGUUCGACACUGCGGCAGUCCAGGACGUCACCGAGAUCGCUUUCGACUUUAGCAGGCCACUUGAAAUUCAUUCUGAGACCGAUUUGAAGAAAGAUCUCAAUACUUCCCGUCUUCUGAAACGGACCAUCAAGCCUUUGACUUCGAUGCAGCUUGCCGAUGAGAGCGGCAACGCGGAUACGGUGUACUUCUUCAAGGCGCCCGACCCCCGAGAGUCUGCUUCAGCAGGUCCGUCAGGCGACACCGCCAGUGGUGGUAAGCUUGGGUUCCUACGCCUUACCAGGAAGAUCACGAUUGCCACGAACGUGCUGGAGGCCGCAAAGCAGGUCUACAAGUCGCAGGGCCAGGACGCCUUCAUGAGGUCACUCGAUGGGCUCGCGGACGGCAAAGGUUUGGUCGCCCUCGCGGCCAAAUUAGACGGCAAGCAAGGGCAGAGCUUGCAGACGUACGCAGAGUUCUUAAAUUGCGAGAGGAGUGACAAGGCCAAGGAGUCGGCGGAGGAAGAUGGUGUUCGUCCAGUGGACUUGACGGCGGAUGAUGUUGACGGUGGUCUUUUAAUUGGAGUUGCUGCAGCAGCCAUGCUUCCACCUCCCACGGCGCCUAGGCGGUCCCCGACUGGGGAAUUGAAGACGCCGUCCAAGCCCAUAUCUACAGGGCAGGCAACCAGCGGCAGUGGGGGCUCCUUGGAAGAUCCGUUCAACGAUGCCGCCAGCUCAAUGACGGGGUUUGACGACGCCGAUGCUUGUGGCACCGAUGCUGUGAAUGUCUGGCAGGGCCGCAUUCCCCUUUCCCAGGUCAUGGCAGGGACGAUCGACGGACGCACAGUCUCUGGGCUCCGGAAGAGGAUCAAGAGGCUCUUGUCUUCAAAGGACCCCAAUGCCAAGUCGGAAGCGGACGACCUUCAAGUAUUCGAGGAGCUCGUGAAGGCGGCCGAGGACCUCCGAGCAGAGGAUCUCCAAUCGACGUCGUGGGAUGCUGCGAAACUUCUGGUCGACAAGAUCGUGAAGGACGGCGACCACACCUUCCCCAAGGCGACGAUGCUGAAGCUGGUCUCCCUGAAGCUCGCCAGCCUGGACAUCAGCCUCGACGCGGCGGAGUACAUUCGCGUUGCAAGCCCGCUUGGCGACUCGAAGUUCGACCCGCAGGACCCUACGUUGGGUUCCACGAGCCUGCCCGACAAAGACCGUCUCGCAGAAUUCUUCAGGAUCGUUAUCAGGGGGCACAUCUGCAAUGCCGUCUCCAAGGGUCGUGAAUCUGCCGCGGCGCUCGGGCAGAUCCUGAUCACUUGCAUUUCUAUCUUCGAAAGCGUGGACUACCUCAUGUCGUCUGGCAUGGUUGUUAAGUUUGCCAAUGACUUCGUGGACGCCGCAAAGGUGGUUCGCCAUAUGGCGCAGCCAGCUGCUGGCGCGUCCAUCCUGGACAUAGGGGAGGAGCUUGAGCGGUUCUGCAAGUACGUUGGGAAGUCGGGCAACACUUUGAGCCAUACCAUUGCAGCCUCAUUGUCGGCGUCGCCCUUCUACCAGAGUCAGCUCGAGAUGCUGCAGCGCACAUUGCCCUUUGCGAAGGAGCAGUUUCCUAGCAUCUUAGCCGCCAAGUGCCUCUUGAGCAAGGGUCACGGCGAAUGUACUUGGAAUGACUUGAGUCACAUGUGCUCGAAUCUUGCGAUGUGGUGCGAGGGGUUGCCUUCCGAGACACAGUCUUUGAGUAGCGAUUUGAAGCACGCAGUCGUUGCGAAGGUCACGUGGUUUUGCGAUAUGGAUUGGACUCAGGGCCCACUUCCUGCGAAGGAGGAGCUUAGCCAGGUGGGCGCCUUGGCUGCCGAGGCGAGCGUGGCUUUCCCCAUGGACGCCGAGGUGACAGAGCUUCAGCAAAGGCUUGCAGUGGUGCUUCAGUUUGUUGACUCAGUUGACCGCCGCGUAAACCUCCUCGACAUGUGUGCCUUGCUUGUGCCAGACUGGGAGCAGGGUCAUAGCGUCACUGAUAUUGAUGUUGGGCAGUUCGACCUGGUGUUGGCUCGCAUUGCCGACGCUUGCACGCACGCGAAGGGGGUUACCUUGAAGGGGAAGGACGGGGUCGGUGCCGUAGACCGCGCACAGAGGUUGCUCGCUGCCGUCUUGGAGGCUCACCGAAGUAAUCCAUCAUGGGACUCAUGGGCUGCGUCCUUGAGGUCGUUGCUGGAGAUCCGCCCCGAUGCCAUGUUGUCGAAACGGCUGGGUGUUCUUACAGUGGCGUGUGGUUUGCUUGGGCAGGUCGUGAAGAUCAAGAUCAUUGGUACCGCGGAUGACGUCGUCAACUCGGAGGGCGGCUUGGACGCGAUGCAGGCGCUGGGGCCGAAGGUCGCGCAGGCUCGGAAGGUCAUCGAGUUGAACCAAGUCGAGUUCCUCGAUCUUGACGCGAGGGCUGAGUUCGAGAACAACGUCACCUGGGCCGCGGACUUCCGCAAGGAUGUCGGCACUGCGUACGUUCGUGAUCGGCAGGGUGCGUUGGAGGCGACCUCUGCUGAGUUGGCUACAGUCCAGUACGGGACGCUGUCAGGAAAGCCGUGGGCGGAGGAGGCGACGGACCACAUGACGAUCAUCCAGCUGGCCGAAGUCAUGAAGAAAGCGACCAAGGGGAUGAAGUGGACAGCUCUGACUGAGUUGGCAACUGCUGUCCCGCGUGAGGUCAAGGAGUACAAGGAUGCUUGCAAGUGGGCCUCGACUGAGGCCGACGCUAGCCUUGUCCAGAAGGCGGAGGUGGUUGCGCAGAGGAGCUGGACCACCAAGGCCGAAGCUUCGAUCCUCAUGAAGAUGACGAACGAGAAGAAUUCGGACCUCUUGAGGACGGCCCUGAUCGCCGAGAUCAAAGAGUUGAGGACCAAGCUGACGGACGGCACCAAGGAGGACCAGGCGUUGCACCCAGACAUCAACGCCCCGAUGCGGAAGUUCUUGUUGGGCCGCUAA